AUGCCACCACUAUCGACGAUUCACACAACACGGAACUCACAACGACAUAUUUUUAAUACAAAAGAACACCGAACUACUAAAGGACAAAGCGGCUUCCGCCUAAGAUGUAAACGUGCAAUACGUCUCGCCUCUCGCAGAAUGUAUGAUGAUGCACUUACUGAAAUCAAUGCUGCUAUUAAUAAACGCCCCAGUAAAGCCAUUGGCUAUCUCAUACGUGCGGCUAUUCAUCAAGCCCUCAAUCUACCACUAAAGUCGCUUACUGAUCUUGAAAUAGUCUUAUCUUCUCAACCAGAUAAUCCUACAGCAUAUCGCUUGCGUUCGAUAGUCUUUUGUGCUAUGGGAUUAUAUGACUAUGCUAAUCAAGAUCGAAAGCGACUUAUACUCACACAGAACAAUCAAUCGGACUUUUCGAACAUUAUAACUCCGCUCUAUCGCAGAGUUAAAUUCUCAAAAAUAACCGUUCUAGAAAACGUGUUGUCGAAUUCAGUAGCAAAUCGUUUUGUAAUGAGUGAUUUUCAAACCAAUUUGGAAAUACAUGCUGCUAGUUCACGUUUAAUCUAUCAAUGUGCGAGAGCAUCGUUUAAUCUUGGGUCAUUUCACGAAUCAUUGCAAUAUCUUGAUAAAGCAUUAGUUGACAGACCAUGGAGUACCAAUUUGCUCGAACUAUCUGCUCGAAUAUACUACAAACUAGAUAGAGAUCAUGACGCACUUGCUCAAAUCAACAAACUACUUUGCAGGCGACCAAACAGGAUAGCUGCUCUGCAACUAAGAAGCGAUACUUACUAUGCACUCCAUCGACACAGGGAAUCGCUUGUUGACUUAAAUCGAAUUCUCGAAAUGGAACCUGAUAACAUUGAAGCUCUUUGUGACAGAGGAAACGUAUACAGAAAAAGAGACAGAUAUGAUGAUGCUCUGGCCGAUUACAACAGAGCUUUAAAAUUAGAACCAAAAUACUUUAUCGCCUUGCAGAAGAGAGGACAGGUAUACGAAGCAUUACACAGAUACAAUGAAGCCUUGAUUGAUUUUACAGAGGCACUCGCCCUACAACCAAAGAAUACGUGGAUACUAUAUCGACGCAGCGAGAUUUACUGUCGCCAAGGAUAUCAAAGCAAAGCACUCUACGAUCUGAACAAAGUUUUGAAUCUCGAACCAGAUGACUUUUGGGCGAUUCGUGAUCGAGGAGAAGUCUAUUGUAAACUACAUCGAUACGACGACGCCCUGGCAGAUCUUAACAAGGCACUCAGUAUUCGCUCAGAGAGUUCAUCUGCAUUACGUAUACGUGGAGAUGUAUAUCGGAUGAUGAAUAGGUACGACGAAGCUUUAGUGGAUUUAAACAAGUCAUUAGAGCUUAAUGGCGAUAAUGCUACUGCAUUCAAAAGCCGUGGUGAGUUAUACCGCACUCUUGGACAGUAUGAAGCUGCAUUGGCCGACUUUAAUCAGGCAUUGAAGUUGCAGCCAAAGAGUUACUCUGCUUUCAAGUUACGAGGACAGUUGUAUUUCCUGCAGAAACGAUACGAUGAGGCGUUGACAGAUCUUGAGAGAGCAUUCACAUUGAAUAAGAACAGUGUAUCGACACUCUGUAUCAGGGCCAAAGUCUAUUUAGCUAUGGAACGACCUAAAUUAGCACUUCAUUAUCUCGAUAUGGCAAUGGAUAUUAGAGCACGUGAUCCAGAAGCAUUACGUACAAGGGCGGAGGUUUAUCUGAUGCUUGAUCGUUUCGACGAGGCGUUGGAUGAUUUGAAUAAAUUAUUGUGGGUUGAUCAAGACAAUACUGACGCACUUUGUAAGAGAGCAACUAUAUUCAAAAUCAAAGGUCGUACUGACCAAGCACUCGAUGAUCUCAACCGGCUACUACCAAUUGAUUCGUGUUAUAUUCCCGGUCUACUUGCGCGUGGUGAAGUUAAUCUGAUAUUAGGACGAUACGAAGAGGCACUUCGCGAUUUGAAUAAUGCUAUUGUCUUUGACCCUGAUGAUGCCUAUACUUAUGGUAUUCGGGGACAAGUUCAUCAAAUGUUGAGGCAGGAUGCAAAAGCAAUGGCCGACUACGAGAAGAGUUUCAGGCUUGAUUCAGAAGUCGAGUUUCCGAUUAUCAACAAUGAAGAAAUAUAUCACACAUUGAAAAUUAUUGCACGGUAG